AGACAUGUCAUUGAAAGCAUAGAAAUGGAUGCCUUUCUAUCAUCUCCAUUAAGAUAUAGGCAUCCUUGGGAGCUUCUAUGGGGCAACAUUAGCAAAGGCAAUGUUUGUGUGACUGGUGACGCCCUCAUCCAUCCGAUGACACCGGACCUUGGCCAAGGCCGUCGUGUUGCACUAGAAGACGGUGUCGUCUUAGCCAGGUGUCUCGGCGAGGUCUUGUUGAAAAGCAAAAGCCAUAAAGGGAAGGCUAAAAGUGAAGGAGGAGACGAGGAAUACAAGAACAUCGAAAAGGGGUUGAAGAAGUAUGCAAGUGAGAGGAGAUGGAGAAGCAAUGACAUCGUUGCUACAGGUUAUGUUGUUGGUUUUAUACAAGGGAGUGAUGGGAAAAUCAUAAGCUUUUUAAGGGACAAAUUUUUGGCUCCCAUCAUGGCUGGUUUGCUGCUGAAGAAGGCUAAAUAUGAUUGUGGAAAGCUCAACAUUCCUUAGAUUCAACUUCAUGUAUACAAGUCAUGCUAUCUACAGAUGUUAAGAAGGAAAUUAAUUCCCGUUUCAUAUAUUGUUGAUUUCUACUAAUUAGACAGUUUUUACACAAUUGUUUAUCA